AUGGGUAUCAAAGGCAUCUACCCAGAAAUCGGCCCAGGUGAGCGCAUCUCGCUCUGCAAGCUGGCCGUCCAGACUCUCGAGGAGAAGCGCCGCCCGCUGCGCAUCGCCAUCGACAUCUCAAUAUGGCAGUUCCAGAUACAGGCGGCCCGCGGCGGCGCCAACGCGCCCACUCGUACGCUCUUCUACCGGCUCGCCCGCCUGCUUGGCCACUCGAUCCAGCCCAUUUUUGUCUUCGACGGGCCCAACAAGCCAGCCUUCAAGCGCAACCGCCGCUCCACCACCCGCGGUGGCUCAACCGGUGAUGUUGUGUCCAACGCCAUGGCCAAACGCAUGAUCAGUCUCUUCGGCUUCCAGUUCCACGACGCCCCAGGCGAGGCAGAGGCCGAGUGUGCCCUUCUGCAGCGCCGCGGAAUCGUCGACGCCGUGUUGAGCGAGGACGUCGACACCAUAAUGUUUGGCUGUACCCGGACCCUCCGCAACUGGUCCUCCGAGGGUGUGAGGGGAUCCAAGGAGCCGACGCACGUGUCCAUGUACGACUCGGCGGCCAUUAAAGCACAACAUUCCGGUCUGGAUAGGGAGGGGAUGGUUCUGGUUGCUCUGAUGAGCGGUGGAGAUUACAUCCCUCAAGGGGUUCCCGGAUGUGGCGUCAAGGUCGCCUGCGAAGCCGCUCGGGGCGGUUUUGGCCACUCACUCUGUCGGAUUAAGAGGUCCGACAGCGGUGCGCUGGUCGAGUGGAGGGAGAAACUACUGGUUGAGCUACGGGAUAACAAGAGCGGCUUUUUCAGGGUUCGUCACAAGGCAUUGGUUAUACCAGACGACUUCCCGAACCUCGAGGUCUUGAGAUACUACACCCAUCCAGUUGUAUCACAAGAAGAUACAUUGAAACGACUUGAGAAGUCGUUCCCCUCGAGCAACAGUCUCGAUGUGCAAGGCCUAAGACAAUUUGUUGCCGAGACCUUCGACUGGACGGGCAAGAUAGGUGCUAUCAAAUUCAUCAGGGUACUUGCUCCUAGUCUUUUCGUGCAAAAACUCCUUCAAACACCGUCGUCACCCGAGGAACCAGACAUGGAACAUCUUGUGAAGGACAUAUCCAAGAGCCGUAGCCACUUCACCACAGACGGAACUAAGGAGGUCCGAGUGUCCUUUAUCCCCACGGACAUUGUUGAUAUCGACCUCGACAAGGAACCAGAAGAGAGCCCUGAGGCCUUUGGCCGUAGUGGCCUGGCUCUGAAUAGUGACGACGAUCUAGAGGAACUCGAAUUGGGAGGCAAUGGAGAAUCGGAGGCUGCAAAGCCAGGUCCUAAGAAAGUCUUUGAUCCAACCCAACCAUGUUCGGAAUGGGUCCCAGAACUCAUUUUACAAUUCGGAGCUCCAAAGGCCCUAAGGGAUUGGCACACAAGGCUGGAAGCCAAGUCUGCGACGGCACAAAAGGUCUCAAAUACAACGAGAACACGAAAAGCCAAGACCAAGAGUAGACAGUCUGGUGGUCUGGAUAGGUUUCUUACGGUCACCAAGAAGCCGACCAGUAUUGCAAAAACCGUCGCCAGUUCUGAGUCCCAGGCAAACCCGGGCCUUUCUGCGACAAAUUUAGAUCCAGGAACGCAGAACCUCCCGGUCACCAAGAUAAUUCACACGGCCAGCGGCCAGUCGGUGGCUUUGGCGCGGAACAGCAGUAAGCAAAGCAAUACCAUCAACACCAAGAAACCAAAGGCCAAGUUGAGCACCACUCGUCAGGACCCUCCACCGCCUUCCUCGCGCAAAGCUGCUGCGUCGAAACCCGCCUCCGCUAUAACCAACCCGUGGACGAUAGCCAGCUCACAGCCCAAUCGUAGCAGUAAUAGACCCUUCAGUCGCACCAAUACGUAUCCCCAUGCUGGAAAUGUUUCCUCGGCCACGCCAUUCAGCCCAGGCCCCGCACCUGAUGAGCAGCCGGUCUUUAUCUCAUCUAGCCCGCCCAUUUUUGGUCCGGAUCCUGAGGCGUCGCUGAAUACUAAGAGGUCGCCCUUGAAUGAUAAGAAGCACCCGCGUAGAUCGCCCGUGCCCGAGGACUCAUAUGAGCUUGACCCCUUCUCAUCAGACUCUUCGCUGUGCGUGCCCAGCGCUCGUAAGCAGAGGUCACCAACCAGCAAGCUGGGCCGAUCGGACUCAAGUGUCAGGCAACGCCAGGCCACUCCGCCCACCACAUCCAGGGGCGAGGGGGCGGGUGAUCCAGUCGCACGGUCUAAGAAACUGGCAUCUGUGGUCGGUUAUGCCGGAGAAAUACGUUCGGAAUCGGUGCCAGCGGGUACCCAGAAGGCUUCUGGAGAGCUGUCUGGUGGCGAGGGCGAGCUCCAGCCCAACCGACCGAAAUUCAUAAGCCCAUACUCGAUCGUGGAUCUCUCAGAUGGCGAUGACAACGAACAACAAAGUCGCCGGUCCAGGCCCAUUUCCACAGCAAGUCUCAAAGAGUCCCUGGACGGGAGGGGAUCUCCCGCCUAUAGCCCAGGCAUUCGAUCAGGUCUGCCUGUGGGAUCCUCCGAGCACAUGUCCGGAUCGGGGCAAAACGUUGAAGACGAAUUCAUAGACCCGGGCCCCAAAAUCACCACGUCCGCCAAAUCCAACACAACCAAGCUGUACAUACCGAGGAAGAGUGCCGUCGGGUUCAUAAGGGAGGUUGAGGUCUCUAGAGAGGAAGCCGACCGCCUCAUGAGGGAGCAGAGCGGCAGUGACAGCGGUGGGAGGAGUCGAAUGUUUCGCCGCAGUGAUAUAGCUUUCGUUGAUUUGACUGGGUCCUCGCCUUGA